AUGAGUGAGAAUCGGUACGUCAAAAUUUAUAGAACAUUAUUAGAAACAUAUCGAAGAAACCGAGGACGUGAAACAAUCCUUUAUUUCCGUCAAGCUUCAGCUGUGGUGAAUAAACAGAAGAGAUAUGAUUUACCAUCAGGUUUGGGAGCAAGAUCAGAAGUAGGUGCCAUCCUCAUCACCGGUAAAGAAGGAAAUGUUCCACAAAAUGUAGAAUUCCGCGUGUAUCCUCGUGACAGUAUGCAAUGUCAAAAAAUGCAUAAGCUAUCACGAUUUGCUGAACAGAUGUUAUUUCCUCUACUCUUCCCCAAUGGUCAAGACGGAUUUUCAAUCUAUAUGGAUAAUAAUUCCCCGAUGAAUGACCGUCGUGUCACUGUCGUUCAAUAUUUUGGAUGGCAAUUAAGGAUUCCUAAGAAUAAUGAGUUCAAUCCUUUCAUCAUGGGAGGGAGGUUGACUCAACAGUAUAUUUUAUAUGGUUAUAUUGUUAACGAGUGGAAUCGCCUGAAUAAUCUCCGUUCAAAUCCUCAACAAUUUCGGAGAGACACCUUGCAAGGCUUAAUCGACCACGUAGAACAGAGUACAUUGAAUACCUCGGAUCACAUUCGAUUAGGUCAAGCAAUGAUCCUUCCAUCAUCAUUCGAUGGCGGUCCGAGAGCAAAACAUCAACACUAUCAAGACGCUAUGGCUAUGUCCAGGGAAAUUGGUAGACCUGAUUUAUUCAUAACACUGACAGCUAAUCCAAAAUGGGAUGAAAUUGUUAAUUUCUUGAGAAUGCUACCCGCUGGGUACACACCAUCUGACAUCCCUUAUUUUGUUUGUCGAGUUUUUUAUAUGAAAUUGUGCCAAUUCAUAGAUGAAAUCAAAUCGGGUAAAAUCUUUGGGAAGGUCUUAUGCUAUACCUGCACAAUCGAAUUUCAAAAGCGAGGAUUGCCUCAUGGACAUUUGAUAUGGGUGCUUUGUAAGAGAAAUAAAAUGUUGACACCAGAGGUCAUCGAUAAAUUCAUAAGCGCCGAAAUACCUGAUGGAAAAAAAUACCCGAAACUUCAUGAAUUAGUGAUGAAACAUAUGUUGCAUGGCCCGCACAGCAAUAAAACACCAUGUUGGAAUGCGGAGAAGAAGAAAUGUUCUAAGAAAUUCCCAAAGAAAUUCACACCCGAUACGAAGAUUGAGACUGAUGGUUUUCCAGUAUACAAGCGACCUGACAAUCGCAGUAAAUGUUAUACAUAUACCAGAAAAUUGAAUAACAAAUUGAUUCUUGUAGACAAUUCUAUGGUCGUUCCAUAUAAUCCAUAUUUAUUGGGUAAAUAUGGAUGCCAUAUCAAUGUCGAAUAUUGUGGAUCAGUGAUGGCAAUCAAAUAUUUAUAUAAAUACAUCAAUAAACCACACGAUCGGGUGAAAGUUCAAAUUGAAUCACGAGGUAUCAAUGAAAUUGAUGAUUACAUUGAUUCACGGUACGUUAGUUCGAUGGAAGCCGCUUGGAGAUUGUUAGAAUUGCCAACACGCUUGAUGAGUCAUAGUGUUACUAGGCUGCCUGUACAUCUACCCGGCCAUCAGUAUAUUCGAUUUGAGGAGGGCCAUAAAGAAACAGCAAUGAAUUCCAAUCAAAGUAUUACUAAAUUAACCGCCUUUUUCGAUUUAAAUUCGACUGAAGAACUGGCCCGAGAGUAUACGUACCUCCAAAUUCCGAAACAUUUUACCUGGAAUCAAAAAAAUCAUUGCUGGCAGAAGCGGAAACGCGGAACUGACAAAACCAUUACAAGGAUGUAUUCUGUUUCUCCGAAGGAUGUGGAACGAUUUUUCUUGAAAAUAUUGUUACUACAUAGGAAGGGAGCGACCUCUUUCGAAGCACUCAGAACUGCCGGUGAUAAAAUUUGUUCCACAUUCCAUGAGGCUGCCUAUGAAUUAGGAUUCAUUAAUAACCCGAAGCACAUUGAAGAAAUGAUGGAGGAAUGUUGUGCAACAAUGAUGCCGAAGCCACUGAGAAAAUUUUUCGCCUAUCUGCUGCUUACGUGUGAUAAUAUCGAUGUUCGAGGUCUGUGGAAUAAAUAUAAAGAAUUCCUCUGUGAUCAAUUCACUGAGCGUGAUACACUGAUCGAAAUCGAACGAUUGUUGAACAGUGAAGAUAAAUCUUUGUUGCUGUUUGGAUUUGAAGAGAAAGAUUUAGAAUCAUCAUUUGAUGAAUUCGAAGAUGAUCGUACUGUGACUGAACAUUCAUUACUAGCGAAUGAAAUGAAGACAAAAUUGAAUAGUGAUCAAUUACGAGUAUUCAUGGAUAUUACAAAUUCUUUGGAAAAUGGAAUGGAAAAAUUAUAUUUCGUUGACGGACCAGGAGGAACAGGAAAAACGUUCCUUUAUAAGUGCUUAUAUCAUCAUUGGCGUAGUUUGGGGAAGAAUAUCGUUUCAAUAGCUUGGACAGGUAUAGCAGCGAUUCUAUUACCUAAUGGACGAACUGCACAUCGAUUUUUCAAGUUACCAAUAAAUUUGCCAGAAAUUGAUGAUGAAAUCACUCCAAUAUUUCUAACAAAACGUGCUAAAAUAAAUUUAACCAAUGGGGAUAUAAUCAUUUGGGAUGAGGCCUCCAUGAUACCUGGUGUGGUAUUGAAAAUGAUCGAUGUCACUCUGAAAGAUUUGAUGAAAUCAGAGAAAUUAUUCGGUGAUAAAUGUUUCUUAUUUGGAGGGGAUUUUCGUCAAAUUCUACCCAUUGUCAAACGUGCCGGACGGAAAGAAAUCGUGGCUGCUUGCGCAACGAAACUGUCAUUUUGGAAUUCCAUGAGAAAUUAUACCUUGAGACAAAAUAUGCGCAUUGAUGGAGAGCAAUUGAAUAAAGGGUUGCUUGAUAUAGGUGAUGGGAACAUUGAUAAGGUGGAAAUUCCUGAAAACAUCUUGUCCAAUAAUAUAGUUAAAGAACUGUACAGAAAUAACAGCGAAGAAAAUCAUUUAGCUGAAUGCACACUCCUAGCUGCUUUGAAUAUUCAAGUAGACAUGUUGAAUGAUCAAGUACUAGAGAAAUUUCCUGGAGAAAUAAUUGAACUGAUGGGACACGAUGUAGCUACCGCAUGUGACACUGAUGAAACCGAUGGAGAUGACAUAAUGCUACGCUUCCAACCAGAAUAUUUAAACAAAUGA